GCGUGUCGUUGUUUGUCUCUCUAGGGGAGGCACAUACACGCCUGAUACACCCUCCAAGGUCUCGGUCAUGGGUUGCAUAUCGUCGAAGAACACAAAUGAGGAUUCGGGUGACUCUGGGGGUGCUGGGGCUCCAGGCUCCCUCCGGGGGCAACAGACGGCCCAGCAGGCAGCAGGCGGGGGAGCACCCGUGUCGAUCAGGGAGAUAUCGCUGACCAAGUCGAACGUCGGGGCGGUGGGGUCGAGCGAGCCGAGGCCGGGCUUCGAGCAGAUGUAUCAGCUGGGCAAGGAGCUCGGGCAUGGUUCCUUCUCAACUGUACGGGAAGGGACUCACAAGGAGAGUGGCGAGCGAUUCGCCGUUAAGUGCGUGAAGCGGGCGGAUUUGCCUCCGGAGGACGAGGCCGACCUAAAGAUGGAGGUCAAGCUCUUGCAGGAGAUCGAGCACGAGAACAUCGUCAAGCUCUACGACUUCUACCAGGAGAAGCACUUUUUCUACCUCGUCAUGGAGAUACUCGACGGAGGGGAGUUGUUCGACCGCAUCGUGCUCAAGCAGGUCUACAACGAGAAGGAGGCCAGGGACGUGCUGAAGGUGCUGUUCAAGGCCAUCAAGUACUGCCACGAUCGAGACAUUGCGCACAGGGAUCUCAAGCCGGAGAACUUGUUGCUGGUUAGCGACGACGACGACGCGGUGAUCAAGCUCGCGGACUUCGGUUUCGCGCGGCCCGUGGGGGAAACGGGUCUGUCAGCGCAGUGCGGUACACCCGGGUACGUGGCGCCCGAGGUUUUGAAGGGAGAAGUCUACGGCAAGCCGGUGGACAUCUGGAGUAUCGGGGUGAUCACCUACAUCCUGCUCGGGGGAUACCCUCCGUUCCACGACGACAACCAGGCCAAGCUGUACCAGAAGAUUAAGAAGGGGAAAGUAUUGUUCCACCCUCAAUAUUGGAGUACCGUGUCGGACGAGGCGAAAGACCUCAUCAAGAAGAUGCUCACGUUAGACAAGGAUAAGCGAAUCACAGCUGAGCAGGCCUUGGAGCACCCCUGGGUAGUGGGAGAUGCGGCGGAGCUGGAGAAGCACGACCUGGGCGCCAACAUGGGCAAGCUUCGGCUCUUCAACGCCCGUCGCAAGUUCAAAUCCGCCAUAAGCUCCGUGAUCGCGGCACAAGCGUUGUUGAACGUAGCGGAGUCCGUAGGGAUGGAUCGCUCGGAAAAGCCGGGAACGAGCGCGCCCGAUGGCAGCGCCACCGAAGUCCCUCCCGCCCCCGCGGGAAUCCCGUCCAGCGAUGCACCACCGCCAGCGGACGAUGACGUACCCCCGCCGAGCAUCCAGGAGUGAUGGAGUGGUUUGAUUGGGUGGUGGGAAGAGGGGCGUUGGAUGUUGGUGUGCGAUGCGCGCGCGGGGCUUGUAUUUUGCGGCGGGUCGUCGCGAGAGGGAUAGAUGGAGUGGCUGGAGGGUCGAUGUAAGGUAGGUUUUGGGCGGCCGUAUACAGCAAACUGCUGUCUAUGCUUUGUAUGUCGUCCUCUCACGGAAGGAGGUUGGACCGUUUCCUUUUGUUUUGUCGAUGUGCCGGUCCAACCCCCCCCCUGUCUCAUGAAUUGUUCGGAGCGGUGGGGUCGAGUGAGUUGAUGGCAGCACCGCCACCGCACCAGCAGCAGGAGGAGAACGACGACACACGAUGGCCACGAUAUUUCGAGGCGGUGAUGGUGGUGGUGGCAGGCAAAGACAGGAACUGCGUCGGGGGGCAUUUUUUGCGUGCUUUGUUUUUCGUGGCAGCGCUUUUUCAAGCCUUUUGUUUGAGGCGGGGCUGGAGGGGCUUGGCUUUGGGCCUGCCCUACGACUGAUCUUGUCGUUGCGAGCGAACAAAAGCGGGGCCGGGCGAUUGCGCUGGUUGGAUCGCGUUUGGGCCGGCAAGUAGCUUGUUCAAGAACAGUCGGUCAGGUUGGGUUUGAUUACGUAAGUUGGUCAAGUUAGACAAUAAUUCGGUCUGGAUUUGGCCGGGUAUUUCACCCCCAGGUAAAUCCGAGUGUCUGUCGCUUCUCGAUGUGUGAUGUAGCGGCGGUAGAUGUUUGUUAUGUCGUCGUAUGCAAAGGGGUGUUUUUUUUCGGCACCUCUUUCCUUUUCGUCGUCCUUCCCCCUUCGAUUUUUUGUAGAUCCUGCCAUCGAUCACGAGCGACAAGAGACUCUACAACGUUUUGGGUGGGAGAGAAGUCUUUGAGCUGGGUCGAGCCGGGGGGUGACGGGGGCAUCGGCUAAGCGCGCGGGGUGGGGCACAAAGGGAGGGAUUGUCAUUUCACCCCUGCUUUGUAACCUUUGAAAAUUUGAUGGCAAGAAUAGGUGCUUCUGCUGCUGUCUCACUGAUACAUUCCCCCCGGAAUCGUGAGACGCGUAGCACAAAAAAGUGAGAGUGAGAGUGAGCGUGAGAGAGUGAGAGACAGGCAAGUGGUAUGCUACAAUAAGCAUAGCGGCAUCUAAUAGUAGUCUAAGGGGUUUCUUAAUUGUACGCUUGGGGCCUGCCUCCAAAGCCCUCUCUUCGCUCUUUCUCUCUUGGUCGUUUUGAGUUGCCACAAAAUGAGAGCGGGAUGCAAUCACUCACAACCGUGUGUGUACAGGAGGGGGACAAGCCAGAGAAAAAAAACGUGCCGCGAUAUCGCAGGCGAAACGGAUGUGUCAAUGACUUGGCUCAGGAGAUGGUGCUUGGCUUAGCCGAGUGUUGAUUGCUGCCCUCGUGAUUUUGGUUUUUACUGAUGUGUGCCUUGUCCAUGAGACCCCCCAUCCCCCCCCUGGCGUAUCCAGUAUUCGGUCUGAAAAUUCUUUGAUGUCGCUGGCUAUCUAUGUGGGGUGGGGGCAGGCAUUCGUGUAGCUGUAGACUAGUUUCUGUCAGCCGUGUAUGAUAGCAGUUUUUGUGAUGGUUUUUUAUUUUUUUUGUUUCUUCUGCAUGUACGCAUGCAUACAUCCAAACCUUUCGGGAAGAGACGAAGUCACCUGCUCGACCUCCAUCUUCUGCGCUUUUUUCGUUGCUCGUGCUUCACUUCAACGCACGGAGUACCUGACUGAGCCCACACGGAUUGGGCGGGCGUGAUGUCCUUUUUUUCUCUCCCUUUCCCUCCCUUUUCUUGCCUCUAGAUGGAAAACGGAGAGCAGUCGUCCUGCUGUGUGUGUCUUAAUUAUUAGCAUCGACCG